AUGUCAAAACAACAACAAAGUAAAUUAUAUUCAUCUCAACAUAUAGCUUCUCAUACAAAGUUAAAGACAAGAGCUGAUUUAAAUCAAAUAAAAGAAUCAGAGGAGAGAAGAGAGAGAGACAGACAUAGAGAUAGAGACGACUAUUAUAAUAGUCGUGAUAGUGAUCGAUCAAGAGGAGGAGAUGGAGAUAGAGAUUACCGAUCGUCACGUGACGACGAAAGAAGAGAUGGCGGUAGUGGUGGUGAAAGACACCAAGAAAAAUAUUAUAGAAAUGAUGAUCAUCGUAACAACCAUCAUCAGGCAAAGAAACAAGAAGAGGAAAAACAAAGAGUAAAAGACGAAGAAAAAGAAGAUGUUAAACAAUCAACAACAUCUACAACUUCAACAACAAGUAAAAUUGUACAACCAUUUGAUAAGAAUAUUGAUGCUGAUGAUACUGAUAGUUCAGAUGACGACGAUGACGACGACGAAGAAGAAUUAGAUCAAGGCAAUGAAAAUGGUGAUGGAAAGAAUCAUAUUAAAAAUAUUAAUGACACUGAUGAUGACGACGAAGAAGAUGAAGACGAUGAAGACGAUGAAGAAGAGUUACUAAGAGAAUUGGAAAAGAUUAAAAAGGAGAAAGCUGAAAAACUAAAGAGAAAACAAAUGGAGGAUGAAGAAGAUGAAAAGAGAACAAGACAACAAAGUUUAUUAUCAAGUAACCCAUUAUUAAAUAAUGACAAUAAUAAUAAUACAGGCGGAGAUUAUUCUAUAAAGAAAAAAUGGUACGAUGAUUCUAUAUUUAAAAAUCAAGCAAAUGAAGAACCUUUAAAGAAAAGAUUUGUAAAUGAUACAACUAGAAAUGAUUUUUCAAGAAAGUUUAUGUCAAAAUAUAUUCAAUAA